UUUGACCUUUCUGUACUUUUCUCUAACAGGCAACCAUUGGCAUUGACUUCUUGUCAAAAACCAUGUACUUAGAGGAUCGUACGGUGCGACUGCAGCUCUGGGACACAGCGGGCCAGGAGAGGUUCCGCAGCCUGAUCCCCAGCUACAUCCGGGACUCCACCGUGGCCGUGGUGGUGUACGACAUCACAAACCUCAACUCCUUCCAGCAGACCUCGAAGUGGAUCGACGAUGUCAGGACAGAGAGGGGCAGCGAUGUUAUCAUCAUGCUGGUGGGCAACAAGACAGACCUGGCUGACAAGAGGUAGGGGCAGGAGCUGGCGGGCCUGG